UUCUGUCUCUCGUCACCGCCUCGCACUCUCACCCAUGAUGGCUCCUCCUACGCAGCACUUGACAUUCGAUGGACGACAGAUCGCAUUUGAUGACGAUGGUCAGCAGAAGCAGGGAGGACCCGUACUGCUCGCUAUGCCCGGUAUGGGCGAUUUGCGCUCACAAUACCGACACCUGCGGCCCGCUCUCAACGCCGCCGGUGUGCGUGUCAUAACCCUGGACGUCCGUGGCUUCGGCGAGACGUCGUCGAAGUGGGAUGACUACUCUGCCAAGGUCGUCGGGGAAGACGCUCUCACCGUUCUGCGCCACUUGGGCAUUUCAUCGGCAUACAUAGCCGGCAAUUCUUUCGCUGCGGGCUCUGCUCUCUGGGCUCACCAUCUCAGCAAGAAGGCUUCCGGCAACUCAUCUCCUACUAUUGAAGGCGCUAUUCUCCUUGGGCCCAUCGUCCGCGACCUUCCCGUAUCCUUCGGGAUGAAGGCACUCAUGGCUAUCCUCUUCGGUGGACCCUGGCGCCGAGCGUCGUGGAUGUUCUACUGGGAUAGCCUCUUCCCUACGCGCAAGCCUGAAGAUCAUGCAGCUAUCCGUGCACAGGUCGGCGACAACCUCAAGGACCCGACGCGUAUGGCCGUGCUGAUGAAAAUGCUCAGCCUCAGCAAGAAGGACACUGAGGAAAUGCUACGAAAUGAUGAUGAGCACUGCCCCGCACUGGUAGUCAUGGGAACGAAGGAUCCAGACUUCAAUGACCCUCGCGAGGAGGUCAAAUGGAUCGAGAGUACGCUCAGCGGCAAGUGCAAGUGCACGUCUCUUAUCGUUGAGGGUGCCGGCCACUACCCUCAUACCGAGAUGCCCGAUCAGGUGGCGCCAGCGGUGGUUCAGUUCUUGAAGCGAUGAGGGCACGCGAGAACGUACAGAUUCUCUACCCGUGACCAUGUAAGAUAUCCUCAUUUGCCGUGUUAGUAUACGAGAUUGGAGUAAGCGAUUGGAUUCCAAGAUUGGUAGCGG